AUGGACUUUUUGACCUACACUGUAUCACAAAAGCUACCUGUUGAUACCUUAUUUCUCGAUUUUGCUAAAGUGUUUGACAAAGUUCUUCACAAAAGAUUGCUAAGAAAGCUUGAAUCUUAUGGAAUUAGGGAAAAUAUUUUAAAUUGUAUUAAUGCCUUUCUUUCUAACAGAACACAACGUGUCCUCCUUGAUAAAGUUGCAUCCUCAGAUCUUGGUCCAACACUAUUUCUAGUCUAUAUUAAUGACUUACCAGAACGCAUUAGCAGCAAAAAAAAAAAAGCAAAAUGUCCUCACCUUAAAAAAGACAUUACUGAAAUUAAACAAAUACAAAAUCGUGCCACAAAAAUACCACAUUAA